AAGGAAUUAAGGUUGCGCUUUGUUUGAAAACAAACAUGUGAGGCUAAAGACCGUCUUUCGGCGAAGUAGUUGAUCAUUUCUUUUGAAAAAUGAGUGCGGUCAACACAUCCAGCGAGGAGCCCACCUACACGGACGAGGAUUUCCUCAAGACACGUCUACUUAUCGACGGAGAUGGCACGGGUGACGAUCGAAGGCUUAAUACCCUCCACAAGCUUAUCCUAAAAUUCUCUCAUAUGGACGAUGACGAUCCCGAAGACGUGAAAAAGCAAUAUGAACGGAUCAUGACGCUCUUGGCCACAUGUCAAUGGGUGGAUCAAAGAACCAAGUUGGUUCAAGCCAUGAACAAGACCGAGAUGUCCAAAUGCGACAAGGUCUACGACCAAAUCAGCCAUGCCAUUGCCGAGGCCCAAUUGAACAUUGAACAUGAGCGGGAUGACCUCAUUCAAGCUCGGAAGAUCCGGAAGAAUCGCAUGGAGUACGACGCUUUAGCCAAGGAAAUAUGCAAAAAUCCGGAUCGAAAUACCACGGGUAAGAAGUUAGAGGAGAUCCAAGCCGAGAUCAACACGCUCAGGUUGAUGGAAGAUGCUUUGGAUGAGAAACUCGAGAUGAGGAAGAAGCAAUUCCACGUGUUGGUUCACUCCAUUCAUGAGCUUCAGCGGCUUUUGGACGUGGAUAACGAGGAUUAUUUGGCUCCUGUCAUGGAAAGCAAGACGAAGGCUGAUAUCCUGAACACCAGCAACGUUUCUUCGAAUGACGAAUCGUCUCCUAUGGAGGCUUCUUGAGUGUUGACAAUGAUUUCAUUAAUAAAUGUAUUGAAGCGUCA